AAAAAUUCCCUAAAAAGCAUUGUGCGAUAGAAAUGUACGUUGGUGGCAAAAAUCAGGUUCAUACAAAAAAAACUAGAAUGAAAGUGCAUAAAAUCAAUUUAAAAUAAAAUUUACAACACCAAUAAUGCGUAAUUAGUUAAUUAAAGUUUUGGAUUUAACUUUAACUUGUUCUUUUUUUACAAAAAAAGUGAUUAAAACUCAUCACCUGAUGUUAAUUCUACAGGUAGUUUAUCCCCUCCACCAUUUCUUUUCGUUUUAACUUCUGAAGAGUUAGUUUUUCUUAGUUUUCGCCUAAAAAUGAAACGAAAUUUGUCGACGAUUUUAAAUUCUCGAAUUAAAAGCUUUGAGGAAAUUCCUGGACCUUUUUCGAUUCCGAUUUUGGGUACUUUGUACCAAUAUUUUCCUGUAAUAGGCAGAUAUAAAUUUGAUCGCUUACAACGAAAUGGAAUGGAAAAAUAUCAAAGAUAUGGACAAAUCGUUCGAGAACAAAUCAUUCCUGGGAUAAAUCUUGUAUGGCUUUUUAAUCCGGAUGAUAUCCAAACAAUAUUUAGGAAUGAAGGAAAAUAUCCACAAAGAAGGAGUCAUUUGGCGCUAAAAAAAUAUAGAUUAGAUAGACCAAUGGUUUAUAACACCGGGGGACUAUUACCAACUAAUGGAUCUGAUUGGUUACGACUUAGAAGUAUUUUUCAAAAAGGAUUAAGUAGUCCAAAAGCUGUAGAAAAUUUUUUACCAAUUUCCAACCAAGUGGUACAAGAAUGGGUGUUAAUUGUUAAAGAUUUAUCAAAAAAAGAAAGUUUCGAUUACCUCCCCCAAAUAUCCAGAUUAUUUUUAGAACUAACUGGAGUUGCUGCUUUUGAUAUUCGCUUGGAUAGCUUUUCAAAACAGGAGUUACACCCAAAUUCGAGAUCAUCAAAACUAAUAAAAGCUCCCUAUACAUCAAAUAGUUGCAUACUAAAACUUGAUAAUGGACCUCAAUUAUGGAAAAAAUUCGAUACACCUUUAUAUAAAAAGUUUAAGAAAGCCCAAAUUUUUAUGGAGGAAGUAGCCAUUGAUUUAUUAUCAAUAAAGUUAUCGUUAUUUCAAGAAAAUGGGCCACAAACUAAAUCACUUUUAGAAAGCUAUUUAUCUUCGCCUAAUUUAGAUUUUAAAGAUGUGAUUGGAUUCGCUUGUGACUUUUUAUUAGCUGGUAUUGAUACGAGCACAUAUACCACAUCAUUUAUUCUAUAUCAUUUAGCAAAAAAUCCACAAUCGCAACAAAAACUGUACGAAGAAUCAUUAAAGUUACUCCCAAGCCCCUUUAGCGCGGUUACAAAAGAAAUUUUAUCUCAAGCGUAUUACGCAAAAGCAGUUUUAAAAGAAUCUCUUCGAUUAAGACCGAUUUCAGUUGGUGUGGGGCGAAUUUUAGAGAAAGAUACCGUUCUUUCGGGAUAUAAUGUUCCAAAAGAGACCGUAAUAAUUACCCAAAACCAAAUUGCGUGUCGAUUAGAAACAAAUUUCCCAAAUCCAAACGAUUUUAUUCCCGAACGAUGGAUUAAAGAGCACGAAUUUUAUAAACCAAUCCAUCCAUUUCUUGUGUUACCUUUUGGACAUGGUGCAAGAUCGUGUAUUGCUCGGAGAUUGGCUGAACAAAAUAUGUUAAUUGUGAUUAUGAAAUUAAUAAGAUGUUUUGAAAUUGGUUGGAGUGGACCAGAUCUUGACACAAAAUCUUUACUUAUUAAUAAACCUGAUGGAUCAAUUACUUUGACCUUUAAAUCGAGACAGGGACGUAAAAUUGAAUAAAUCUUAUUUUUUCAAGUUAAAACAUACAUAAUUAAUUAAAAAACAUUAAAAGUAGAGAAAAAUUUAAUACUGCUAUUUGAAUUUAUAACCUUUUAAAUAAAUAUUUGUUUAAUGA